CAUUGUUCCAUCACGUACCAAAUUCCACUUCACUUAUCUCACUCCUGCAUUUCUUCCCACGGAACUUUCUCGUUCUACAAGCCUUUUGUUUUCUCGAGACACAAUCACCGAGUAACUUUAUCCACACACACAUACACACAUAUACACACAUCACAAUGCCUUCUAUACGGAAAACCAUUGUCGCGGCACUCGCCGCUUUUCCCGUAGUCCACUCCCACAGUUGGGGAGAACAGCUCCGCAACAUCGACGACAAAGGCAAAUAUGUGGGUGCCUAUGGCUAUCCGCGAGGCAUGGUCGAUAGGGGGCAGACAGGCCCCAAUGGGGAGGAUACAGACAACUCCAUGACCUGGCGAAUGCCCGAGUCCAACACCGAGGGUAAGGUCUUCAUCGACGCCAACCAACUGCUUUGUGCGCCAACGCAGCGAGAGCAAAAACAAUCCUCGGAGAAGUACCCACGCCUCAAGACUGUGCCCGGUGGCUUCAUCGCCAUCCGCUACCAGGAGAACGGACACGUCACACUUCCACAAAACAACCCCGACAAACCAGAAAAGGGCGGCACCGUCUACGUCUAUGGUACAAAAGAGCCAAAGACUGAUGAAAAGCUUUUCGACGUCCUUCAGUGGACCCAGGAUGGACAGGGUGGUGACAAGCGCGGAGUCUUGCUAGCCAUGAACGACUACGAUGAUGGCCGCUGCUACUUGAACAACGAGACCCCCAUCGCCAUGGAACGCAAGGCAGCCGACCCCGCCUACAUGGCCAACACACCAGAGACCGGCCCUGCCAACUCAGUCAUGUACUGUGAAACAGACGUGAAGCUCCCAGAAGACGUCGAGCUUGAUAAGGCCUACACUUUGUACUGGGUGUGGCAGUGGACUUCCCUGCCUGGAAAGACACCAGGUCUCGACAAGGGCAAGGACGAGUAUUACAGCACCUGUAUCGAUGUCGACGUUGCAUCUCCUAAAGUUGCAAUGCAAGCUCUCGACUACGCUGAGAUGUCCGAAUACGCCAUGGACCAGCAGGAUGCUGUUAGCACCGCUGUCAGCGACUGGAGCGCGCGAACUGCACUUUACAACGAGAUGCCGUUGAAGCGCGAGAUGGGCCCUGUUACUGCCCCUCCUGGUGUCGUGCCUACCCCUUCCCAGUCUGGCAAUGACGGCGUUCUUGUCGUCACAACCACCGUCAUGGUCACUGUCACCGCACCUGCUGCCACUCAGCCUAUUGCGCCAGUAGUCACUACUCCUCCCGCGUCGGCCACCGGUACAAUCGAGUACGAUGAUGAUGACGCACGACCAACAAUGCACAGGCGAAUCAUGUUCCCUUUGACUUUUCAAAUAGCAUUGUUCUGGGAUAUGGAUAUGGACGAUACCCCCUUGCAUACAUCCAAUGGCGUUUUUGAUUUUGGCAUUUUUAGAGAAAAACAAUACCCGCCAUGGUCAUUCCAUGAAGAUCUCCUCAAGGAGUUGAAUCAAUUUUUUUUACACAAAUUGAAUGCUGUGCACUUUUUCUUUUGUCAUUUUGUGACGUGA